ACUCAGUUCGGGUUCACUGGGAUUGAGGAGGUCUGCAGCCAGCAGGGUGCGGAUGUUGAUGAUUAGCUGCUCAUUGGACGGCAUGGAGCCCUUGGUGAGAGCUCUGAGCAUUUGGUAGGAGUGCAGCUUCUGAUGCAGCUCCCGCUGCAGGACCGUGUCAUCGCGGUACUGGGGCAGCAGCGGCUCGCGGUCCUCAGCGCGGGACUUGCGAAAGCCGAAGCAGGAAGACAUGAUGGCGGGUGUGUGUGUGUGGUGUGGUGUUCAGGACUCACUCAUGGCUGGCGGUGUUGUUGGAACCGGGCAGCGAGUAGGCUUCCUUCCAUCAAGAUGUCGUCGUCGCAAGCUGGUUGCGUCGGGGUGACGUCUUCGGUUGGCCAAGACUGGCAAGAAGGCACAAGCUUCUGGCGAGUGGCGAUCCGUCGAGAUUUCUGGCAUGGAUUUUUGCGGGGAACCAGCGCUAGCGACAAUCGAGGCUCGAGAGUGUGGCUGGUACAACACAGACACCCGCUAUCGGCCUCUGCGCCUGCUGCGGAAAUCAGGCUUGUUUCAGGCCGACUGUCAGUGUUAUCUUUACUGGGGCCCAUGGCGUGAAGGUCACAGUACAUCUGGUGGCGGUGAUGCGACUACGGAACAGAGCUAGAAGGCGCUCCGAAUAAUGCGAUCUGCCUGUUCUACCCCCCUGCUGGAGAUUCGCGAGGCACAAGUGU